AUGGUGCCUGUCCUGCUGUCUCUGCCUCUCCUUCUGGGUCCUGCAGUCCUUCAGGAGACUGGUCCUUAUUCUCUGGUCUUCCUCUACACGGGCUUGUCCAGGCCCAGCAAAGGCAUCCCCAGGUUUCAAGCCACUGCAUUUCUCAAUGACCAGGCCUUCUUCCACUACAACAGCAACAGUGGGAAGGUGGAGCCUGUGGGGCCGUGGAGCCAGAUAGAAGGAAUGGAGGACUGGGAGAAGGAGAGCCAGCUUCAGAAGGCCAGGGAGGAGAUCUUCCUUGUGACCCUGAAAGACAUCAUGGACUAUUACAAGGACAGUGCAGGGUCUCACACCUUCCAGGGAAUGUUCGGUUGUGAGCUCUUGAAUAACAGAAGCAGUGGAGCAUUCUGGAGAUAUGCCUACGAUGGACAGGAUUUCAUAGAGUUCAACAAGGAAAUCCCAGCCUGGAUCCCCUUAGACCCAGCAGCUGUGAACACCAAACAGAAGUGGGAGGCAGAAAAAGCAUACACACAGCGAGCCAAGGCAUACCUGGAAGAGGAGUGCCCUACAAUGCUGAAGAGAUACCUCAACUACAGUAGAUCUCACCUGGACCAAAAAGAUCCUCCUACUGUGACCAUUACCAGCCAUACAGCCCCAGGAAGAAACAGGAUAUUUAAAUGCCUGGCCUAUGACUUCUACCCACAAGGAAUUAGUCUGCACUGGAACCAGGCCGGCAAGAUGCUGACAUCUAAAUCAGGAGGUGUUUUUCCCAAUGGAAAUGGCACUUACCUAUCCUGGGUGGAGGUGGAAGUUCCUGCUCAAGACAGAGACCCCUACUUCUGCCACAUAGAACACAGUGGACUGUCCCAAUCUCUCUCGGUGCAGUGGGAUGAGACAAGGAAAGCAAAAGCUGAAAGCAACAUGGCAACUCAGCCUCAGUAA